ACCUAAGACCAGCUCCUUCCUCGAAAACACUCUGAAACCCUAGAUCUUCGUCAAACCCUAGCUUUUAUUGAAGAAAAAUGGCAUUGAUAGGAAUGACAUGCCCUAAUUUUCCUCUGUUGCUUUGGUGCCGUAGCUGAUCGGUGGACUUGUUCCGGUUCUAUUGAAAAAACCGAGUUAUUUCUUUCAUCAGAUGUUUCUUAAAACUUAAACCGCAAAAAUCUUGCUUUUUCACUGCGGAAUUUUUAUAAUUAGGCUCUUUUUGCUUUGAUAUGUUCCCGAGUCAUCCAUCUUAGCGAAAUUUUCAGAAACAAUCUUCCUCCUGUAUUACUUUUCAUGCUUUGCUUUUGAUUUUCUUUGAUAAAAUUUGCAGGAUCUUGAAUCGGGACAAGAGAUGGAGCUUCUCCAACUUCCAUCAACAUCUGAUACGGUCUUCUUCAAGAAUCAGAGAAACGAAGGUUUAAUUGACAAAUUCGAUGUUUUGGAGGAGAAUACUCAAGAUGACAACAAUAAUGAUCUUGAGAAUAGCAUCAUUCAAUUGAUAUGGAAAGAUGAUAAUACCAGGCUCGUUUCUUUAAUGAAAGAAAUCGGGAAAAUCUCAGAUACAGGAAAUGAAGGAGCAGAGAAGAUCGAUGCAUGGAGUCUCGUAGUUGUUACUUGCAGCCUUGACUCUGUAUUGUGUUUGAGCGCCAUAAUCGAAGGCGAAACUGGAAGUCCCGUCAAGAUCAAUAAACUUGACAAGACAGGGAAAACGCCUCUCCAUUAUGCGGCUCAAAUGCAUUCCUCAAGGUGCGUCAACUUCUUACUUCACAAGCACGCUUCUACUGAUCAGCGAUCAAAAGAGGGCCUCAAAGCUCUGGAGCUCGCACUGCAUAGCAGAAGGAUGCAUGUCAACUGGACUGUAGACGAGGACGUGCAGCAGCUCUUAUUCCUCCUAAGCAACAAGGACCUGAGUUCUCUACAACCGCUGGUUUCGAGAACUAAAAACGUCGAAGAGAUCGCAUACAGGAACGCCAUGGAUGGGAAUAUUGUGGCCCUCGCCGCGUUGCUUUUCGUAGGAAGCGAGUCUCUGGUAUCAGCAAAGAUCGCAACGGGAGACGAAAGGGAAGCGAGUCUAUAUGAGUCUAUUGUAAAGCGGACGGUUUCGUUUGCUGCUAGUGGAGAUGAGAAGAGGGAAGUGUUGGUCAAAGAGAUAGAGCUACUUCACUUGUUUGACGCUCAUUUUCACAGAUUCACACGCGUUGCUCCGCUUAUCCGUGCUUCAGAGGCUGGUGAUGCGACGGUAGUGAAACUUAUCCUUCAAACAAAAUGUGACGUCAACGAGACGGACGUUGACGGAAACUCGGCUCUCCAUUGGUGCCUUCGUGCGAGCUGGAAUUCACAUGACACUAGUGUCCUAGGCUUGUUACUGAAGGACGGUGCACGAGUAAGCGUGAGGAACCGUUUGGGGUUGACUCCCCUCCACGUGGCAGCCGCCCAUGGCCAUUUUCAUGCCUUGCAGCUUCUCUUGAGUAGGGAUCCUGAUGGUGUCGAUCUCGCCUCAGAAACGAGAGAGACACCGCUUUUUUACGCCGUUAAGAACGACUACAUGGACUGUGCUCAGCUCCUUCUGCGCUAUGGUGCCAAUCGCCAAGCCUUCAACCUACGGAAACAGAGGCCAAUAGAUUUGGCCACUUCUGAGGACAUGCGCUACAUGCUCAGCCAGAUGAGCUUUUAUAGCUGGAACCCAAACGCAACGCACAUUGUCGAUGCCAUGCCUGGGCUUGGGAACGAGAGUUGCAGCCCUGAAGCGGAUGAAAUGCUCACCAGCUUGGAAGAUGAGUGCGAAAAUAGCAAAAGGUCUUCCCCUAUUAUGAAAACCGAGAUUUGUAGGUACUUCGAAGCGCCGGGUGGGUGCGUGAGAGGGGAUAGGUGCUUCUACGCGCACGGUGCCGAUGGGCUUAGACGAGCCAAGGGUGUUCCUUGGACUGGCGAAUACUGCUUUAGCAAGCGCGCUGUGGACAAUCUCAGCCGCAAGAUCUUCAUAGGGGGCCUCCAUCCAUCCAUUGAUUCAGACCACCUGAGAGACUUCUUCGAGGCCAACUUCGGCCCAGUGGAGGACGCCACUGUCAUCAAUAGGCGGGCCGGAGCCCUCGUCCAGUCUCGGGGCUUUGGGUUCGUAACGUUCGAGCGUGAGGACUCGGUCGCGGCUGCAGUCGAAGCCCAAUUUGUGACCAUCUGGGGCAAGAAGGUCGAGAUAAAGAGCGCAAUUUCCAAGCCCAAUCCAGUGGCGAUCGCCUCCUCUGAGCCCUGGCCGCUGCCAUCCCUCGAUGAGGCCACCCCUAUUGCCAACCAUGACCACUUUGAGGUUCCAUGGCUGCGCAAGUUCAAAAAAUGGUUUCCUGAGUUCUUAGAGCAGAUGGCAAAGCGGAAUGGGGGUGAGUGGUACCCACUUUCUUCUCUUAAGGGGGACUUCAGAGCUGCCUGUAGGCUCGAGCUCAACCACGAGUCGCUUGGGUAUCUGAAGCUUAGCGACUUCAUGAGGUCCAUGCCUGGUAUUUGUGGAAUGAAGAUUGUGCCGAUAGGCAGGGGCCUGGCCACACACAUGGUGCUCUACCCCUUGGGUAAGGGGCAGAGGCAGGAUAGGCAGGACCAGCAGCUAAUGCAUACUGAUGAAUCCUCAUGGCCCUCCCUCGAUGCAGGGCCUGCACACCUUAUGGGGAGAGCCCUCUCUGCUGCAGCACUUGACCGCUCAUACGCCGAUGUUGCUGGUCGGCGAGACGUGAUCAAGCGGCCGGUUGGGUACGAGCGAAUGAAGGUCCUGUCAUAUGCCGAUGUUGCAGGGAGGGCAGUGAGCAAGACGCCUAUGGGUUAUGAGCUCUCGAAUGUCCAGUCAUAUGCCGAUGUAGCAGUCCAUAGAGGGGAGGGGAAGAGGGCAGCAUGGGACUCGGCACAUCGGUUGCAGCUCGAUGUGGAGGAGGCCGGUUCGAUUCCAGGGGGUACGCCUAGGAUUGCAACACAGGGGAUGAUGGGGCAGGAGGGGUUCGAGAAGAGGUUUGUGUCAUUCUUGGAGUACGAGGGGUGGUCGCUUUUCACGCCAUGGUACAGAGAGCCCAAGGAGUUAAUCUCGGCUUGCCAGGCUACCAAGGAGUUCUCUUACUUCACGAAGCAACUGGUCCCUGAUGAGAAUGGGCGUCUCAGGUGGGAAGAUGUGCAGGACAAAGGAGCCGGGCCUGGGCUCUAAAAGUUUCAGCGGAUAAUUUUACCCAAGAAGAAGAAAGAAAAAGAAAAAAGCUUAGCGGAUAAUAAGAGCACAAAGAGGGGUUUGUGACACCCAUAUAUCUCAUUCCCUCCUAAUUUUGGUGUCCAAACAUGUGCCCUGGUAGUAGAGGGGGGAAUUUUGGUAUCAUAUUAAUAAUAAGUAUAUGAUUCCUUUAAUCGUGGGGGGUGUGGUUUGAUACCAUAGUAAGUAAUAAUAAUAACAAGUGUAUAAUUCCUUCCAAUUUUGGUUUGCAAUUGUUUUUUCAAUUGUUAAUUUCACACUCUCCUCUUCGGUCUCGUUUGGCUAAUAUGUGGGGAGAAACAUUAGAAGA